AUGGUACCGUCACAGGCCAUGGAGGCUCCGCUGGCAGGCGGGUCCAUCAUCUAUAAACCAGCAGCGUCAGGCUACAUCGGAGGCCUGCUGCCCAACAAUACCUGGGAUGGCGCCAUUGGUGAAGUCAUCCGUCACGAAUUCGACAUGAUUGCUUCCCCAUUGCUGCCGAACUACGAGCGAAACAUGGCCGUGGACCUCUCGGAGUUCCUGUGGGAUGCGUCGCACGCGACUAUCCAGAGGAAGGCACAAGUGCAGCCUGAUAUUGCUGGCUUCAUAAAGCCGUUCUCGGCCACGACUUGGCUGAGCGUUCUAGCAACGUUUGUUGCUUUCGUCAUCUGCUUCAUCUUGACGUUCAAGAUGCGAGAGAUUCUCUCGCCAAGACCCAGUUCAAAGUAA